GAACCUUCAAUGUGUUAUUCUAGAUUGUUAACCUGUAAACACUUCUUUAUGUUUCAAAAUGAAAUUAAAAAUUUUUUUAAUUAAAAAUGAACCGACUUAUGUUAGCCUACAUCCUUUUGUUCUCCACCUUAAGCUCCAGCUGCCAUUUUCUCCCACCUAACUCUGAACACCUGAGCUGGCUAGCUAGGAGGGCUUUGUGGGAGUAACGUCGCCUGUGUCGCUUUGACUCAUUUAUUUUUCUCAUAAUUGAUAAUGAUGCCAGUACCCUGGUCAGCACCAGCACAUAUCAGGGUCACAGUGAACUGGAAAGCUACCUACAGUGCCAUGUACAGAUGAACUGCUUCAGUCGCAGGUUUAGACGCACAGCUCCCACACGUGGCAGCAGCAAAAGUGAGUUGGUCCCUUCCAGGACCCCAAGGAUCAACGGAUGGUCGUGGCCCCUUCAGCCCCUUCAAGUGGUCGGGUGGGUGGUGUACAUCUACCUCGCCGUAGUCUCCUUUGGGAUUUUCAUCCCCCUCCUGCCUCAGCCAUGGAAUGCCAUGAGCUAUGCUAUUUCUGGGAUAUCAUUUUUGCUACACUUUUUCACUAACAUUGCUACUGUAACUAUAGAUCCAGCCGAUCUGACCGUUCGGGCCAAAAAGAACUAUUCCUCUCCUCUGCCUCUUUUUGACAAGGCAAAACAAGCACAUGUCAUCCAGGACCUUCACUGUUACCUCUGUGAUGUCAAGGUUGGCCCCAAAGUGAAACAUUGUGGAAUUUGCAACAAAUGUGUGGAAGGCUUUGAUCAUCAUUGCAAAUGGUUGAACACUUGCGUGGGUCAGAGGAACUACUGGUUCUUCUUCGUGGCGCUUAUUUCUGCCAUCCUAGCAGUCUCUAUGCUCACUGUUGUCAUCUUGUUCAUAUUUGUUCAACAUUACUUGGAUCCGCAUAUUUUACGGACUGCACCACAGUUUAGGAUGCUGGGGAACACAACGUGGCUGGUGUUUCUGCCAUUAGCCCCUAUAAAGACGAGUUCAGCUGGUCUCCUUACAUUAGCCUUCAUAACAGUUCUGCUCUGCAUCGUCUGUAUGUUGCUGUUCUGUCACUUGCUGGGAUUUCACCUUUACUUGUUUUAUAAAGGAAUAAGCACGUAUGAUCACGUAAAGAACAAGCGAGAGAAGGAAGACAGAAGACGAAACACUGAAUCUAAAAGUGCAAGUGCCUGCUCUUCAAAAUCUUUUACACGCUCUCAAAAGAACCAAGAGGCAACAAAUAAUUGUGAGCAAACGUUACCGCAGAGUCCAAGAUUUGCCAACACGAAUCAACUUUCCAGCAGACUGUCAAACUCUAUAUGUACAGAGCUGGAAAACUUUAAGAAGUCUGCAGAAAAAGAGAAUAGUUUCAAUUAUGGGACAGAAAAUCCAACACAGAAUGAAACAAGGUCAAUAUCAAUGAGUGUCAUCAUGAGUCCAAAGCCUUACAAAGAUGAGGAAGAUCAGGGAACCAGUGGAAAGUCCACUCCUGAGGCUCAGGACCCUCUGGGCUGCUCAGCUGUGGCUCCUACAUCUCAGUGACUGUCUGGAAGGAGAUGGACCAGGACCUGAUGCUAUCAGGAACAAUUUGCUGCUUGGGUCGGAAUUAUUGGCACAUUAACACUGUAACCCUAAAUGUAUGGUUAUCUUCAGAAAUAAUUGAAACAUGUUUGAUUUAGUGUAAUCAGGGUAGACAAAUAGAUUAUAGAGGCAGACUUUGUUUGGCUUUUCACACAUCACAAUGACUUGAUAAUAGAACUUCUCAUUUUUUUGUAUAAUUUUUCUUAUAUCAUUUCUCUCUAAGGCAGUUUUAGACAUGUUGGUAUUCAGGACUGAAAUAUUUUGCCCUUUCUAUUUUUCAGUGAAGUUCCUCACUUCAGAUUCAGUCAUUUGAUGAUCAAUUAUUUAAGAACUUCUUUAGCUGAAGCCCAAGCCUCUCAGUUCUGAAAAAGUUCUAAGUCUUCAAAUGCUAUCUUUACAAGAGAAAAGUUAAUUAUUGGUUAGAAUUUUUGGAAGCAGCAGUCUUACAUUUUUAUUUCUGUGGGUAGAUGUCUCCUGUAACCCUUAUGGUUCUGUAUGCAGCACAGGCUAUCGACCCAAACCAUCAGUCCAAAUUUCCCCAGCAGUUUCUUUUUUCUUCCAUCGCAAACACUAACCCCAUCUGUGCAAUAAAAUUGAAAUCUAAAUGUUUAUCUCAGAAUCUCUUAGCCCACUUUUAGUUUGAGGAACAGCGAAAUAGGAUAUCUUCUGCUUGUUUUGUGUCAUUUUUUUAAAAUGACAGUUAUAUUUUGCACAAAGUUAGUUGAAUUGUUCCUUUUCUGAAUGUUUUCAAAAACAAAGGGUUACAUUUUAGGGAUGCCAAUAAUUCUUCCCUACUUUGAAAAUAUGCUUCAUGAAACUGAAGCACCACGUUUGUUUUCUGGAUGUCGAUGAAGAAAGAGCGUUUUGCAGCUGAAACCACAGUUGCUAAACAGAUUGGAUGUUUGGCCGUUUUUGUUUUAUUGUUUAACUUUUCAAAGGAUAUUUUUGUAUGAUUUAAUAUGUAUCUAUUUUUAUUUCUUGUGUUGUGAUUUUUUUUUUCCUCAAACUUUUAUUAAAAAUAUUUAAAGCUUUGGUUAGCUCUACCUAAUUUGUACAGCGAUUAAAAGAACACUCUUUCUUCAAGAUGAAUCUUUAUUGCAGCAGGUUUGUGGAGGACGCAUCUUGUUGAAAGCUGAGUUUUACAUCCGCAUAUUUUGAAAUGUCGUUUUUGUAUUAAUUUCUAAAAAGCUGACAUUUGAGGGCAAAUAUUCAACUGAAAGUGAUGGAGAGCCUUUUAUACUUUUACAAAAUUUGCAGGGUAUUUGAUUGAAAUGUGUUGACUUUUCACUUUUUGCCUGGAAACUCCUCGGGCUCUCCCAGAAUGAGCUGAACUGAGUUACCUUAAGGAAGAUGUCUGAGUUUCCCUCUUGCAGCUAUAAUCCUCAUGAGCUUAUCUCAAAUCGGCUGGAAAUGAUUACAGAAAUGAAAGUUUUCACUAAAUCUGCUGCAUACCUCCACAUACAUCCAGCUGAUGGACUUUGUAACUAAAUAUCUAUUUGAGGCUUAAGUGUUUAAGUCUUAUUUGCACAGUUGUUGCUAUUCCUUGUAAUUAAUCUGCUUUUAUAUGGUUCUCGGAUGCACACUUUGUUGUCUGAGAACGCCAAUUUUAUCUACAGAAUU